AUGUCCCCGACGCCGAUCCGUCCUAGACGGCGCCCUAUCCCCGACGCCGCCAUGUCCUCGACGCCGCCGCCGCCGCCGUCUCCGACGCCAGCUCUACAGCACCAUGUCCCCGACGCCGACCCGUCCAAGACGGUGCCCUGUCCCCGACGCCGCCCCGUCCUCGACGCCGCCAUGUCCUCGACGCCGCCCCUGUCCCCGACGCCAGCUCGACGGCGCCUCGUCCCCGACGCUGCCCCGUCCCGACGCCGCCCCGUCCCCGAUGCCGGCUCGACGGCGCCAUGUCCCCGACGCCAGCCCCUCACCGGAUCGGGCGCAUCGACGGCGCCGCUCGUCGAGGCUCCCUCCGCCGCUAACCAACACCACGCGGGCCUGGCCAUGCCCGCACCACCACAGUGCGGUACGCCCGCGACGUUGUCCGCCUCGCAAACGCCCGCUCCUCCGCCGACUGCCCGCGCGACAGCCGCCGCGCCUCCGCCAUCAGCCUCUCCUCGCGCUAGCGCCGCGCCGCCGUUCGCCCCGACAGUCUCCCUGUACUGGAGACGUGAUUUAGGAUGA